AUGCACAGAUCAUCUCAUAAAAGACAGAAAACUUCCAAUACACCAAAAAAAUAAAAGGAAUAAGAUAAUAUUCCUAUUCCAAGUUAAUAAAUCGCAAAAUAAAUAAGAAAUGACGAGCCUGUUUAAUAAUUGAAUGUCAUUGAAUAUCCAAAAUAUUAAAUUCGAAAACAGGAUUCUUAAAAUUUUCAUCUAAAAUCAUCUUAAAAUUUAGAGAAAUCUUAUAAUUUAAGUAAAAGUUAUAUUAAAAAAUAAGGUGAUAGAAUUUAUUCGCCUGCAAGAAAAUAAGAUUAAUCUCCUAAUUUAAGAAAAAAAGAAAAUAUCAAAAUUAUUGAUUCAUAUGAAGCUAGAUGUGGUAAAUUAAAUACUGAAAAUGUUCAACUAUAAAAUCAAAUAUAAACAGAUUAACAAAAAUAUAAUAAAAUUAUCAACGAAUUAUAAAUGCAGUUAUAAAAUUAAACUUAUAAACUACAAACAGAAUAACAUAAUACAAAAUAAUAAUAAUUGUUAUUAUAAAAAAAGAAUGAAGAAAUAUAAUUAUUAGUCAAUGAAUUGAAAAAGAAUGAAACAAAGAUUAUAUAGCUAUCUCAGAAUGUAUCUAUAAUGAUUUAUUAACUAGAAUGCUUAGAACAUUGAUGAAAAUUAGAACUUGAAAGCCUAGAUAUAAAAUUUGGAGCUUGAAUUAUAGAGUUUGAAAUAAUAACUAUAAGAUUCUCAAUUCAAAAGUUCAAGAUAAGCUGAGGAAACUAAAAUAAAAUUGGAAAGUGAAUUUUCUUUUUAAAAUUAGUUACAUUUAAAAGAUAUUUAAUAGUAACAUUAAUAAAUUUUAAGCAAAAAAAAUGAUUAACUUAUAUCUGAAUAAUAAAAAUAUUCAUCUCUAUUAACUUAAUUCGAUAAUUUAGUGAAUGAAAAAAAUAAAAUGUCAUAAGUUAUAGAUAAUCUUUAGGAUGAAAAUAUAUCAUUUUAAUAAUAGCUUCAUUAAUAAAAUUAAAUAAUUGAAGAGUUGAAAUUAAAAUGUAUAAGUUUAACAAAAGAUUUGUAAAUCAAUAGUGAUAAGCAAGCUUAAUAAGAAUUUAUACAUCAAAAAUAAAUCCAAGAACUUAAAUAAUAUUAUGAACAAUAACAAAUUAAUAAUUUAUAAAGAAAACUAAACGAAACUGAAUUAAAACAUUAAAAUGAAUAUCAACAAUAAGAUUCUAUAAUAAGAGAUCUAUAAUAGUAAUUGUAAUAAUCUGAGAAUAAUUAUUAAAUUGUAAAGACUGAAAAUACAAAAUUAUAUGCAAUAGAUUAAGAAUAAGAAAAAGAGAUUAAAAUAAUGCAAUAAGAAUUAGAGAGAAUUGUUAAAUUUAAAGACUUAGAAAUAUAAUAAUUAAAAGAAGAUCUUUAGAAAUUAAAACAAUAAGUUUUAGAAUAAUCAUCAAAAUACUAAACUAAAUUACAUGAAUUAAGUAAGUAAUAAGUUAUUGCUAAUGAUAUUAAAAGCGAAUUAGAAUUACAAAAGAGUGUUACAAAAGAAAUUGAAAAUAAUAUAAGAGAGUAAUGGGAAACUGAUAUUUUAUAAUUGAAAGGUUUUCAUUAAUAAUAAAUUCAACAUUUAGAAGAACAACUUAAAUUGUUGCAUAUAGAAAAUGAAAAAUUAAUAAUUUAAAAUAGAAAGAAGGAUGAAUAAAUAAAUGAAUAAAAACUUAAUUAAUAGUUACUUGAUAAUUCAAUCAAUAGUUUAAGAAAUUAAUUGAGUGAUACAGAAAAAUAAAAGGUAAAAGAAUUAGAAGACUAUUAAUUGGAAUUGGAGAAUUUUAAAAAAGAAUUAAAGGAAUAAAAUUUAAAGUUAUAACUAGAAAAACAACAAUUGGAGUAAUAAUUAAAGUAAUAAAAAUAAAGAGUUAAAGAAUUAGAAACAUCAAAAAUUGAAUUAGAAUUCACAUCUUCUCAAUAAAUUUAAAAUUAAUAAGAAUAAUUAAAAUAAAAAGAUUGGCAAAUUAACUAAUUAAAUUAAGAAAAGUAGAAAUUGGAUUUUUAAUUAAAAUCAACAAAAGAAAAACUUAUUUAAGCUGAAUUUUAAGUAGUAGAGUUAAAAUAAAGUUCAGAAAUAUAUUUAAAGGAAUUAGAAGAAUCAAAUUAAUAAAAAGAUCUUGAAAGAAAUCAGUUUAGUUAAAAAUUUGGUUUUUAAGAAGCAAGAAUAUCAUAAUAUAAAUAGGCAAUAAACUAAUAUGAAAUAGAAAUCCACAAUUAAAAUAAUGCUAUUGAUAAAGUGUAAAAAUAAAUGGAUCAUGCUUUACUUGAAUCUUAAAAGAAAAUAGAGGAUGCAAGAAAGAAAGAGUAAAAAUUGUUAGAUUAAAUUGCAAACUUAAAUUUAUAAUAAUAAUCUAAUGAAGAAUAAUUUAUAAAAUAUUAAGAGGAACAUAAAGAAUCUAAUAAAUAAAUUGAAUAAUUAUUAUAGGAGAAGGAUAGUUUAAUAAAGAGUUUGGAAAAUUAAAAAGAAAAAUUAGUUGAAGUAAAAAAUGAAUUGACUCAAGAAAUAGAAUAAUUAAAUUAAAAGAUUUAAAAUUAUGCUGAAGGAGAGAAUUAAAGAUAAGAUUGGGAAUUUUAAGUGGAGAAUGAAAAGGUAUAAAUUAUUAUUAUAUUUUAGGCUGUUUUAAACAAUGAUAUUGAAAGAUUAUAAUAAAAGCUUGAUUAAAAAGAGUCUAAAUUAAAUCAGUUACAAUAAUAAUAUACAAAUUUGGAAAUUUAAUUUGAGGAUAAAGAAUUAUUAUAUAAUACACUUAGAAGUUAAAUUGAUUAGAAUUAUGUACAAAUAGAAGACUAUGAAUAAUUGAAAUAGAAAAACAUUAAUUUGUUGAAUGAGAUUCAUGAAUAUGAGAGCAAUUAAUUGAAAUCAAAUAGUGAAAAAUAAUCAUUGAGAAGAUAGAUUGAAAAAUUAAAGAGUGAUCUUGAGAUUAAAGAAUAGGAAUUGGAGUAGGCAUUUGAAUAAAUGAACAAAAGGAAAGGUGAUAAUGAAGAUGUAUCGAAAUUGACAAAAGAAAUAUAAAGAUUGAAUUUUGAAUUAUCAGAUGCUUAAACUUUAUUAUCAGCAAAAAGUGAAUAAUUAAACAUAAUGAGAAAAGAAAAUGAUGAUUAAUUAGAAUAGAUUAAUAGAUUGAAACGAUAAUUAAAUUAAUCAUCAGAAAAGGAACUAAUAAGAAGAAUAGAUAGAUCAGAACAUUUGGAAGAAAAUAUUUGA